AUGGCGAACCGUCAUAUCACAAGGCGAAUACUGCUUGGCGCUACGGUCUCAAUCUUCCUUCUCUUUGUCUUCUUCGUCCGACCUCAAGGCCCACCGAGCCCCGCGAUUCGAGCCCCUGGUCACCUAGAGAAACCGUCUCAUUCAACAUUGACAAAGGAUGAUAUAGUCAAAGGCGAGGUGGUGAUGCCGAAGCUGGGCAAUGAGACGGCUAAAGCGGAAUUAGGGCGCGCUACGUGGAAGUAUUUCCAUACUAUGCUGGCACGAUAUCCAGAAGAUCCAACGGAGGAGCAACAAGAAACUUUGCGCUCAUUCAUUUAUUUAUUUGCGCGAUUAUAUCCAUGUGGUGAAUGCGCCUCGCAUUUUCAAGGUCACUUGAAAAAGUAUCCCCCGCAGGUGUCGUCACGCAACGCCGCAUCGGGAUGGGGUUGCUUUAUCCACAACGAGGUCAAUACCAUGCUCAAAAAACCUAUCUUUGACUGCAAUAAGAUCGGCGACUUUUACGACUGUGGCUGCGCCAAGGACGAAGAAACCGAAGACGAGAACGAGGAGCUCAAGAGUAGAAGCCAUGCUGACUCCAAAGAAAGUGAUGAUAUUGCUAAUAGUCAGCGCUUGGAGAUAUCCAAAGAACCGCUUGCGGUGAUAUUCUCACCAAGAAGAAGCUCGAUCCUCACCGCAACCAAUGUCGCGGCGCAACCUUCACCUGCAUUGAUUGCAUGGUCCAUUUCCAGGGCACUAGCUAUAGAUCACAUACGGUAUGGAUAUGUUUUACUUUUCCUAAGUGCCAUACCUAUCAGUCCGAUGCUACUUGAUCGCCCUCGCCGUCUUGAGCGCACCAUUGGUUCUCAGUGCGAUCACUUAGCAGCUUUGCUUUACAACUUGUCGCAAGUGUAUCGAUCAUGCAUGACCGAGGCUCAGAAGUAUGAGGGCGCUCUAUAUAAGCCGAAACAAGCGAAGAACCAACGGAACCAAAAAGGCAAGAACGAUCCAAAGCAGAACGCGAAGCCUACUACCAAUGGUCACCGAGCACCGUACGUCGAAGACGCUCCUGAGUCCGACAAGUCGAAGGAGAACGUAUCCGCGCUACCCACUGCCCCUACUCCCCCAGCCACGUCAGGGACUCCUCAGAGAGACGAUUCUAAACAGGUCAAUGUAUUCGAUUACCUAGUUGCUGAGAAGACGCCGAACCUAUCAAAGGUCUCCCUCAAUCAGCCCAAAGAGCAGAUGCAAAUGGUUGAUCACGCCCCUUCUGUUUUUGAAGCCAGUAAGGCGCUAGCCAACUACGAAACUGGCGGCGCGGAUGAGGAUAAGCAGUAUGAUUUGCCAUACGAGGAAAAUGGGUAUUCUUACGGUUCCGGUCCUAUUCCACCAUCGGCAUACCCAAGUCAAGCCGCGAACGCUUCCAUGGAAUUUAUGACCCCGGCCCCGAAAAAGAAGAAGGACCGUUCACGCAAGACUGAGGCGGGCGCCGUUACCAGUGAGAAGAAGCGAAAGCGCCAUAAUGAAGACCAGGAACUUGAAGACAUCGACACCCCUAUGAUGGAAGCACCAUCUAGCGUUGUGAACCACCCAGGCACGCCCAUGCUAAACCACUCCGGGUUAACAGGGGGGUUGAGUCGGAUGCUUCGAUCCCCGUCCUUGGAAGCUGAGAAUGACCACGCCGAUCAUCCUCGCCGGCGUUACCAGGACCCAUCAUCUCCCAUCAAGCGUACUCGUCGUGAUGACAAGGAUGGCUCUGAUGCCGGCUUGGGCAUCUCAAUGAAGAACCGUGCUGAGCGCCUUGUAUCUUCCAUGUUUGGAGGCCCUGCGGAAAGCAAGCGUGGCUCAUCGGAUGAUGGUGAUAUACGACCCAAGAAGUCGAACCGUGUGGCAUCUGAUUCGCACAAGUCUAAGCGCAAGAGUAGCGCCCAGAUGGAUGGUCGGCCGUCUCAACGUCUCAAGCAAAUCGAAUAUGCCAACGGUUCCCGCACCGAGUCGCCACGCGGGGAUGACGGCCGUCAGGUCGUGGUCUAUGGGCAGCCGAACAUUCCUAGUGACCUACAGCGACAGAUGGCUUCUCACUUCUUGUCAUUGGUGACCAAGGGUCCCGAAAGCCAGCGAGGAUUCUCUGUUAACAAGGUCUUGAAGCGCUUUCAUCGUGAUUUCACCGACGAAUUUGAUGACGACCGAGGCCGUGAGCAAGGGCGCAGCCGUGCUGACCACGAGCAGAGAGGCGAAGACGAGAAAGACCUUUGGCGUACACUGCGCAUCAAGAGAAAUGAUCGGGGAGAGAUUGUCCUUUUUAUGUAA